GCUGCUAGUGGAAAUAAGUCUGUUCUAGACUACCUACUCACUUUGGUCCAUUUUCUUUUCUUUUAAAAUGGAUAUCAAAUAAUUGUUAUCAAUGAGCUUGUUUGGCUCAGCAUAUGAUUUUUUUUUUAUACUGUGAUGGAAAGUGACUUCAUCAUUAUUUAACGAAGAUUUACGAAACUAAAGCAUAGUUUCGAUUUUAUUAAGUCGUUACAAAGAUUUAUGAAAGUCGAGUUAUGCUAAUGGUACGUGAGUGACUGAAUAAUUUUAAUUUGAUUACAUCUACUUCUUAACUUUUUAAUGCUAAUAACUUUGAUAAAGUUACUAGAUCUGGCUGAUUACGGCUAUAUAAAAAAAAAAAACAUCAUUUUAAUAUUUGAUACUCGGCGCAGUCUUAGGUUAAAUAGAAGUGUAUUCUUACUUUGCUUUAGAUAUUAUCUCUGUACUUGCCGAUUUUAUUAAUCGAUAAAAUAUCGAAUGAUUUGGUGGUCAAAACAGGUAUCCCUGACAUGAACUGUCAUUCAUUAUAAAGCGUAGGUACUUUACUUCAAAGAUUACAACACUAUACUGGAAGCUUUACUUACUCUUUGAAUACAAUACAAGAUUUAUUUAUGUUCUUUUUGCUGGUGGCUGAUCGUCUGAUAUUAUUUGAGAUGGAUUAAAUGACUUUAUUUCACUUUUCGUGACCUACAAUUUUAUAGAUUUGGAAGUUAAUUAAGUACAUAAACUUUUACAUUGGUAAUUGUUAUUUUGAUGUACGUCUUUCAUGUGAAUAAACUUUGUUAUUAGUACGUAGUAAUAGAAGUUUUCUAUAGUGUUCUGUGAUUGUUAAGUGCGUUUUGUUGGUUGACGUAAUACAUUGAAACUUUAGCUAUUUUGUCAAUAAAAGGUUUCUUAGUUUUCAGUACUUACUUUUUCAUGUAAAUUAAUUCUAUUAAAUAAAAUGGAUGUGGUUAAAACUGUGCAAAAGCAAGAAAACUUCGCGGAAGAAGCCCAGGAACUGCCGUACUUGCCUGAAAAUGCUAAUAUUUUGGAGCAGUAUGGUAAUCCAGAUAUUAUGAUAAAACUUUCUCCAGUACAAAUACAGCAGGAGUAUUUUGAGAAUUUGUCAGAUUGUGAUUGGGUCAAGUAUGAGAAGAGUAACAGGAACCAUUUACUGCAGAAUGUAGCAUUUGCUUUAUUUGGUGGUCCAAGUUGUGAAGGAGAACUUACAAACCUCACCAGUUCACAAAGCGCUCAUUUAGAAGGCUACACAUCCAGACAAAAGGCACAAGUGAUGAAAGUUUAUGAGAAACUGUGUGAACAAAGUAAAUACUCCCAAAAUGAUGACGAUAUUGUUAUGUCAGUACUGUUAGUUGUGUGUGCUAAACCAAAACCAUUGAAGUUUUAUAAGUUUCAACCGUCUGACUACUGGAUAGAUUUACAUCAAAGAAAUGAUGUGGAUAUCUGGUGCACUGCUGUGUUUCGCGUCAGAAAAUGUAUUCCAACACUAGAAGGAUCAAAAUCAUGUAGAGUAUAUAUAGAUGAAAAUGCUCGAGUUUAUCAUGACUGGGAUUCGUAUCUAAUAAACAAUACUUUACCACAAUGCGUUAUUAUUGUACCUGAAAACGGAGAAUAUACUGGAACCAUUAUUGAGGGUCAGCAAGCGUUUGCUGUUAAAUUAACAGUGGCACCAACGCCAACGUUGGGUUUGAAAGCGCGCGUUUUGAGCUCCGUCGAUACAGCGAGUACUGUCGCAUCAAUAGGCGCUAUUGGUGUUAUUGGCGUGGCCGCUUUCACACCAGUGGGGCCAGCGGUAUUGGCCGGAGCGGCGGUUGCUACAGUAGCCACGGGACUGUAUGGUCUUGUGAGAUCAUCCCUUCAUUUACACGAUAGAAGCGUACAUGAACAAAGUAUAAGUCCAACUGAUUCUGAAGCGCGGGGUAGUUGGUUGAACAUAGCUGCAUCUAGUGUCGGCCUUGCGGCCGGUGCUGCUAGCAAUCUGCUGUCCCGUUCUGCUGCAGCAGGCACUAACUUGACUAAAACGGGACAGGCGUUAGCUGUAUCUGUAGAGGUUCUCCGACACGCGAAUAUUGUGACAGGUGGCGCUGGUGUCGUUAACAGUCUUCUUCAUAUUAUUCUUAAGUACCGCAACCACGGCGAGAAGCCAACUAAACUUGAGCUUUUCCAAUUCACAUCGGCCACGUUGUUCUUCUGCCACGCCGUCAUGUCAAAUCGUACAGCGCAAUCUAUAAUAGAAGAUGCUCAAGCGAAAACUAUCAAUGACUAUAGAACUACUCUAAGGAGUAACAGACAUAGAAAAAUAUUCGACAAACUGAGUGCUGAAUCGAGACGUGUCCAGGGCGCGAUACAAGGCAACACCGAAGUGAUAAAAGGCAUCAAGAGCAUAAUAAACAAAGAUCAGUAUUUCGCUGACGUAUUGAGAAUAAACAAAGAGGUUAACCAACACAAGCUUAGGAUAUCUAUGACAGCCGAUGGCAACGUCAAUUUGAACGCUCAACACAAAUAUAACCCGUCCCUUUUAUCUAGUAUAGGAAAAGACGGGAGAACCGAGUUGUUCAGUAAUAUAGGUCCGGCGUCUGUUUCAUCACCGAAUGUUUCCACUCGUGUGUCUCCAACUACAGCGAUUGGGGGUUAUAUUGAUAGAGAGGAAGAAAGUGGUAUUCUUGUUGGCAUACAUCCCGGAGAAAUACUGAGAAUUGGUGGUUACCUAGUAAGAGUUAGCGCUAGUGGUGCCGAAAAUGUAGCUUCACUAUUAGAAAAUCUCAGUCAAGACGUAUACGCGAAUCUGAUGACUGUCUCUUUUAAUGUACUCUCCAAACUCGUUCCAUUGGAAAUAGGACGGUUGCGGUUGCUCAGUCCAGAUGAGGAUCUUAUAGUGCAAAUUGUUAAGUUUGUCUUUAAUUACAUGAAACAUGAAAGACCUUUAGGCGAUCCUUCAAGGGAUGAUGAUAAUAGCAUCCUUAUUGUUCUCAAAGAAUUCUUUCAAGAUGGCGUCAUUCGUCAAGACACUAUACUCUUUUUGAAAGAUCGCCUGGUUGUUUGGAUCGAUGAGGAAAUUGAUAAGAGGAGGCAUCAGUAUCCAAAUAAAAAGAUGCUCAUAUGUGAAAAAUGCGCUGGUGUAAGAUUUGCCUGAUUAAUUGAUUAUAUAAUUUAAUUAAUUCAGUUUUAUAAAACUACCAUUAAUAUAAACCCACGAUAUAACUUUAAUAGUUAUAACU